CUUCUAGGCAGCCAGUCAGCGGCUGCAAAACCACUGAAGCUUAAUGGCGUCUUUGUGCUUAGAUUAGCUGCUCCCUCCCCCCUCCGCACCUGGAAAGCCCCGAGCGGCGCACACUUGGCUGCGCGGCUCACGGGGCAGGGGACUGGGCUCGGAGCAAUGCCCGGCGCGCGGCCGCCGCCCUGCCCAGGCUGCUAAGCGUGCGGUGCAUGGUCCAUGCAAGCGGCCGCAGGAGCCGCGCAGGCUGCAGGGCGCAGGAGGCGCCCGCUUUGGGGAGGCAGCCGGCGCAGGCACGGAGGCGACAGCAGCAUCUCUUCUUCCCCGCCGAGGCUGCAGCGGCAGACGGACUGCUCUGCAAUGACUACAGCAAGAUACAGGCCUACCUGGGACUUGGUACUUGACCCUUUGGUGUCCUGUAAACUCUGUCUUGGGGAAUAUCCCGUGGAACAGAUGACAACAAUAGCACAAUGCCAAUGCAUCUUCUGUACUCUGUGCCUGAAACAGUAUGUGGAACUUUUGAUCAAAGAAGGUCUAGAAACAGCAAUUAGUUGCCCUGAUGCUUCCUGCCCAAAACGAGGUCAUCUACAAGAAAAUGAGAUUGAGUGUAUGGUUGCAUCAGAAAUCAUGCAAAGGUACAAGAAGCUACAGUUUGAAAGAGAAGUGCUUUUGGAUCCAUGUCGGACUUGGUGUCCAUCUUCUGCCUGCCAGGCAGUUUGCCAACUACAAGAAUCAGGGCCUCAAAAUCCCCAGCUGGUCCAAUGCAAAGCUUGUGACAUAGAGUUCUGCUCAUCUUGUAAAUCCAAUUGGCAUCCAGGACAAGGCUGUCAAGAGAAUAUGCCAAUCACCUUCCUCCCAGGAGAAACAAGUUCUAUGUAUAAAAUGGAAGAUGAUGAUGCUCCCAUCAAACGCUGUCCAAAGUGCAAAGUUUAUAUCGAGCGAGAUGAGGGUUGUGCCCAAAUGAUGUGUAAAAACUGCAAACAUGCCUUUUGCUGGUACUGUCUGGAAUCUCUUGAUGAUGAUUUUCUCCUUAUACAUUAUGACAAAGGACCUUGUCGAAACAAGUUAGGUCACUCCAGGGCAUCUGUUAUCUGGCACAGAACACAAGUGGUGGGAAUCUUUGCGGGAUUUGGUCUACUGCUAUUAGUGGCCUCGCCUUUCCUUUUACUUGCUACCCCAUUUGUCCUUUGCUGCAAGUGCAAAUGUAAUAAAGGAGAUGAUGACCCUCUACCUACCUAGAUCAUGAGAAGAUGGG